AUGGGUUCCCGAUUUUCCCAUGAUCCACAGAUCCGCCUUCUCGAACCUCAGCUAAUAUCCGAGUCCAAACGGUUCCUGAAGGCGGAUUUAGAAAAUAUCUGUCUAGAAAACAUACAAACCUGUGUGUUAGUGGCGAACCUAUGUGCGGCGCACUCCGUCACGUCAACCGAAGCCCUCUUUUUUGGAAUCGCAAACCGUAUGGCCCAGAUUCUGUGCCUGACGAGGUUCGAUAGCACAGACGACCUGGUAAUGCGAGAGAUCAAGAGGAGAAUCUGGUGGACUCUCUUCAUGGCGGACCGCUGGUGCUCCUCUGGCCUCGGUCUCUCUCGCCAAAUGAAGGAUUUUGAAAGAGAAACUGAACUGCCCAUGGACGAGCAGCUGUUUCAUUCUCUUACCCGUGACCAGCAGAUCGUUUCAACACCGUGGAAGCCAGGCUUGUGGGCUCACAUGAUCACUGUAGUCGAAUUAUUCGGUCCAAUUCAAGAUCUCAAUCGGAAGUUGGUGCAAGGGGGUUACAACGAAGAUGAAAUUGAACAGCAAGUACACCAUCUCUCGAAGCAGCUCGACCUGUGGCUCAAGAGACUACCAGAGGACACCACGCUUAAUGAGGCCAACUUUCUCCACCAUUUGCGGAGAGGCACAGGGGGUCCCUUUGUCGCAUUGCAUCUCGGAUUUCACCACUACUCGACUUUAUUAUUUUUUCAAUAUCUGGAUACCCGGCGUCCCGGAACAGCUACGACCAAUGCCUAUUCAAAUCGCUGUAAGCGCCACGCAUCUUCCGUGAGCUUCUUACUCAAACGCGCCCGGCAACAAGAAGGUUCCGAGGCGGUUUGGCCGACCGUCGGUCAUUGCUUGAUUGUCUCGUCCUCUGUAUUGUUGCACACCCUUCUCUUUGGGGAUGAGCAGGAGCUCUCAGAAGCACGGAGUAGUUUGAAUGCAAAUUUUGAAGCUCUCAUUGAACUGACGCGAUAUUGGCCGUGUCUGAAAUCGAUGGUCAACCGACUUGAUAAAUUCCAAAAUAUGUGCCUUAUUGCGGUACAUCUGCCCACCUAUCGAGUUGAUAAGUGGAUGGUGCGAUUUUUGAUUGAGCAUUCCCUGCCUCUCGAGGGCCAAGACUCCAAUCUCCUGGCUUCCGUGGAACUUGAAACACUGUCAACUCAAAUUCAGAGAUCCGCGGAGCAGGGUCGCUUUACAAACUUUCCACUCGUUGGGCUUUAG